UUGUACCACCCUCCCCCAACUCCCUCUCCGCCUUAUGCAACACAUCAAUUGGGAUUUGGACUUUGGAUUCUUGUCCAUGCAGAGGCUGGUCUUCACUUUUCCACAGCAAACUUUAGAGUUUAUUCCUCUCCUGAGAUUCAAAGGUCACUCGAUGGCGUCCAUCCAGGGGGUUCCGUGGUGCUUGCUUCUGCUGGCGAGCACCUCCCUCCUGACGAGCUGCGGUGUGCAGGCCGGAAAGAUUCUGGUGUUCCCGGUAGACGGAAGCCACUGGGUCAACAUGAACCUGCUGAUCCAGAGCCUUCACUCCAGGGGCCACGAGGUCACCGUGGUCCGCACGGCCACCAGCUGGUACGUCAAAGAAAACGCUGCACAUUACCGCUCCCUCACCGUCGCCUUGCCGGGAGCCAUCAGCAUCGAAGAGGAGGACUUCUUUGUGACCUUCCUGGUGAAGAUGCUGGCGAUUAACAAAGAGGGGCCGUCGAUUAGCGGCUUCGUAAAGUUCUACUGGGAGAUGCUCGGCACGCUGUCGAACAUCCAUCAACAAGCGAGCUUGUUGGCCGUGGAGAUGUUCGAGAACAAGACUCUGAUGCAAAGCAUUCGCAACACUGGGUUCGACGUGGUUCUCCUGGACCCCGGGCUGCCGGUUGGAGUUCUGGUGGCUCAUGAACUGAAGCUGCCGACUGUUUUUAAUGUGAGGUGGAUCACCAGUGGAGAGGGGCAUUUUGUCGUGGCUCCGUCUCCGACGUCCUACGUUCCAACGUCGGGAUACGCCGCGUCGGACAAGAUGACAUUCGCGCAGCGGGUGAAGAACACUUUCCACUAUUUCCUCAACACAUGCAUUGACAGGUUUAUAGUAUGCCCUCAUUAUGACAGACUAGUAGAGAGGUACUUUGGUCCUGAUGUGAAGUUCUAUCACCUCCUACAAGGUGCCGACAUUUGGCUCAUGAGGGUGGAUUUUGUCUUUGAGUUCCCUCGACCCACCAUGCCCAACAUCGCCUACAUUGGCGGCUUCCAGUCAAAGCCUUCCAAGCCUUUGUCAUCGGAGCUGGAAGAGUUUGUCGAAAGUUCAGGAGAGCAUGGAUUCAUCCUGAUGUCUCUUGGGACACUGGUGAAUGGCCUACCCACGGAAAUCACCUCUGAAAUCGCUGCUGCUUUUGCCCAAAUUCCUCAAAAGGUCAUUUGGAGGCAUGCCAGUGUCCCGCCCAAAAACCUGGGCAACAACACCCUGCUGGUGAAAUGGAUGCCCCAGAACGACCUCCUGGCUCACCCGAAGAUCAAAGCCUUCGUGGCUCAUGGCGGCACCAACGGGAUCUACGAGUCCAUGUACCACGGCGUGCCCAUCGUGGGCAUUCCCCUCAUGUUUGACCAGUUUGAGAACAUCUUGAGGUUGGAGGCGCGGGGUGCCGCUAAGGGGGUGGACGCCACCAAACUCACCCGUCAGAACUUUCUGGAAGCGAUACAAGAGGUUCUCCAAAACCCCUCCUACAGGGACAACAUGAAGCGUCUCUCGGCUCUCCAUCGGGACAAACCGAUGCAUCCCAUGGAAACUGCGCUUUAUUGGAUUGAGUUUGUUAUGAGGCACAAAGGAGCUGCACAUUUACGCACAGAGUCUUACAAGAUGCCCUGGUACGCCUAUUAUUCUGUAGAUGUUAUUUGCUUUUUCCUGGCGGUCUUGUUGAUGCUAACGGUCGUCAUAGCGGGAUCGGUGCGGAUCCUUUGCUUUAGACUGUGCAGAAGGAGAAAAACCAAAAAGGAGUAGCUCACGUUGGAUUAACUUACAUUAAAGUUUUCAGGAGGCAUGAAGAUGUUCUGUACUCCAGCCAACUGAAAUUACUCAACAACUCAUGGGUUUACAAUCAUAUUCCCAAGAGGACGUAUCCUAAUCUGUUUGGAAUCCUGAUUUUUAGUUUUAAGCAAAAUGUCUCCAUCAACUAUUUGAUGGUUUUGCCUUAAAGAUGAUGAUUCUACAACACUACAGUGUUGGGUUGCUUGGAUUAAAAUGACUAUAGAAAUGAAACAAAACAAAGCUCAGUAGAAGUACUUUUGUUCACGUGGGACAUAAACAGGAGUCUCGUGGGUGGAAGCACCUCAACCUCCAUGGACUGAAGUGAAGGAAAAGAAAACGUAAAUAAAAAUGUAGUAUGUUGUGCAGUUGGAACUUUGCUGUUAAUUUAUGUUGUGUAUUAUCUUCGUAAUUGUCACAAAGAAAAUGCAGUUCGGCAUAAUUGCAGAAACUCGUACUUGAAAAUAAAGAGGUAAAA